AUGUACCGCCUCAAGCUGGCAGGUGCUGUGCCCAGACCGGUUCGCAUCUACGCUCCGCCCCUGAACCCCAACUGCAACGGGCGCGCCCCAUUGCUGUCUCUACCAGCCACAAUGUAUCCGGACACUGGCGCGCCUCGAUCCAGCCACAGUCUUCUUCCAACCGAGGCGACGGGCGUCGUCUCUGAGUGGACCGCUUCAGCUUCUACCAGCCAGCUCCAUUUUGACACAAUCAAAUUCGCACAGUACAUACUGUACGCGUACACACUGUACUCGUUCGCGAUAACCCACCACGACAGCCAACAGCAAACAGACAUCGAGUUUCAGGUCUGCCAUUUCAUUUCCUCGACCUUCACCGUCACUUCAACGUCGCACAGUUCCAUCACGGACGCACCUUUCUUGGUGGACACGGCCCGACUCGAUCCACGCCCACCUAACAUGACAGGCUUCGUGGCCCAGCCGCUAGAUAGCGCGGGCGCCGUGGGUGGCUGGUUCAAAAAGCCAUUUGUAGAUGGGGAAGAUGACGACGACGCGUUGGUUGUAAUGUCUGGAGCGACAAGAAGAGGCAACACUACCUACAUUUUCGGAUCUGAGACAGAGCUGCGAGUCUCUGCAUACCGGGCUUGGCAGCGCAUUGCCAUGUGCAGAGCAGGCACGACGUCUUGGCUUCAAGGUGCAGAACAACGUGGUGGCGGCCCGAGCCGGCCGCAAGACCGAGACCAACACGUGCAAUCGAAAAUUGGUAUUGUGAGGUGA